AAGUCACCCUCCAGAUAUGAUCAUCAAGCAGGCAAGAACUACAAAGUGUAAGAGACUGAGAAAGGGUAGUUUGGUGAAUAGAAAUUAAGAUUGCCAGCCAAGAAAUUGGGCAGUCCUCCCUGGCCCCUACUUCCAUAUAAAACACCCUUAAAUCAAAAUCUUUUAAACCCUUGAAAAAACUCAGCAUCACAAGUUUCUGUCUCUGUCUCUCAAGAUCCUCCGAACAAUGUCUCUAUCUCUGAAAACUCUGACACCCUUAUCUUUCUUCAUUCUCUUUCUUCUCCUCCCUCUCACAGUCACCUCCUCCAUACAAGAUCUCCUCCAGAGCCAAGGCCUGCCUGCUGGUCUCUUCCCAGACAAUGUCAAAUCCUACCAACUUGGCCCUGAUGGUCGCUUGGAAGUUCACCUGGAAACGCCAUGCAUGGCCAAGUUUGAUGGUAGAGUGCACUUUGACCGGGUGGUGAGAGCUAACCUCAGCUAUGGUGGGCUUGUGGGGCUUGAAGGGCUCUCUCAGGAAGAGCUAUUUUUGUGGUUGCCUGUUAAAGGUAUCAUAGUGAACGAUCCUUCUUCUGGGCUUAUCUUGUUUGAUAUUGGUGUUGCUCAUAAGCAGCUCUCUCUUUCUCUCUUUGAAGACCCUCCUGUUUGCAAGCCUCAAGAAGUUCUGGUAGAGAAGGUUGGAAGGAAGAAGAAGGGAUUUCAAGAUCAGAGAUGAAAAUUCCAUUGCUUCAUUAUUCAAGAGAGAUUUUGAUUUCCUUCUUUUAUUUCCAUUUGUUUUUUGUGCUUUUCUUUUACUUUUCAAAAUUCCCAAAACAAUAUAUGGAAUAUAGUUUGAAGAUGGUAUUUGUAGGGAUGUAAAGAUGGAAAAAAUGGAAGAUAAGAUUUCACAAUCAAGUGACCAAAAUUUUUGGAGUUCAUAAAGCUGUUGAUGAUAAACAUCUUGAAUGAUUUUCUCUUUCACUUAUCU